CAUGGUACGAGAAAAUUAGUUCGGUUGGGUCAUGACUACAAAUACAGGCAAGCCCAGAAGUUUUGGACUUUUUCUUGACGUGCAUCGCCCAUCCCAAAUUCCAAACUUCUUCUAUCAUCGUUGAACUUGAAUAUCUUCUUGCGAUCCGUGAACUUGAGCAUUUUUUUCAUAGACACCGAUCAAGACAGAUGAAGACUAUGGCUCGCACACAGCUUGCAGGCCAUAUUGCAUGGCUACCACGCAUGAAUACUCCGGGUAUCGAUCUAAGUCUCGACCCCGGAUGUUAUGAUCAUCCAGUCGUCAUCCUAUCACCGCGAGUGACGGUUGGCAAAGUUGUGAUUCUCACCAUGACAUCGUUCGGUGAUACCGACCUUGUGGAGAGACACAAACAUGCACGAAAACGACGACCAUAUCUUCCGGUCUUUCCUGCUAGCCCUCACCCUGAUAACGGCAUUAUCCUAUACCUCGAGGACCUGUCUCUUCCUCUGCAUAGGAAUGGGUGGAUUGACACGAGUGAACCACUUACUGUCAGAUUCGACUCAUUAAUACCCUACAAUGAACCCGAGGAAGACUUUACGCUCUCAAGAGCGUCAUACCAGCAACUCAUUGGAUAUUCCGGGUUCGGAUCCUCCCUGGGAAAAAUCUGUCAGGUCCCGUGGCGCUCACAAGCGUACAGUCCUCCGAAGGACCGUGGUCCCCUUGGUGCCGAUAGCGGAAGCAUAUCCCCAAAUACCUUAUCGAGCUUCUAUCAACAGAGCCGUAGAGUUUGGUCUGAACCUUUGGCUCCAAGACCUAUACGCGAUGGGCAAAACGAGCUUAAACGCAGGUCCUGGCCGCUUUCAAGACUCCGAAAACCUUGUGACGAGGAAAUUGGCCAGGAUGCAACAGCUCUCCCCAACCAGCCAGCCACCAACACUGGCCAGCAGUCAUGGUCAAUGUCGAGGCUUCGAGAACCUCGUGAUGAGGAAGUCGAGCAGGCCGCAGCAACUCAUCUCAACCGACCGCCCAGCACUGCGAGCAAAUACUCCGGCUUGUCUCAUGGGAAGGCUUGCCGGCAAGACUCUCCUGCAUGCAUACCGUUCCCGUUGGUGCCACGAGAGACGUGCUCCUCAACGGAACAAGUUGUGGAGUCUGUCUUGAGGGCUCUUUCUGUCUGUCGCAUGACAUAACAUCUUCACAUCUGCCAGUCGCAACGGUUGACACGGCGCCGCUUAGGCAACAAGGCUUCAUGAUCGAGUGUGCCACUGAAGCCGACAAUGACGGGCUUCUGCAGCGCUGUCGAGGUGAUGGGAAAAGGAACUCACAAAGUCUUGGCGGCAAACAAUGUCAGGGGUGGAAUUAGAUGACAGAGAAUAAAAGGCAGCGAACAAGGUUAAACACGAGAUUCAACAACCUUGGUCGCGUAAAUCAUACCAUAUCAUUGAUUUGAUAUGUGUGUUUGUAUUCACCAUACAAAACAAGGCCCUGUACAAACUUGAUCUCAUUCCGUCUGGGUUCGGGGAUGCGGCCGUUGCUUUGUGGUACAACUAC